AAAAUUCUUCCAACUAUACUAAUAGUGCGAUUCUUUUAAAUUUUAUCGCAAAAGAUGCACGAAAAUUUAAACCAGACCUAACUGAAUCACCAUCAAAUAAACACGUUCGAAUAAAAAUAUACACUUAAAGAUCAGCCCUAAUGCGACGAAUGGGCGCUCUGUGCAAAUUCGCUCGUUUUCGCAGUCCUAACCUAACCUAAGUUCGCCGGAUAAACACGCGAGUGACGUUUGAGAUUAGUCAACGCUGACCUUCCGUAACGAGACUCCUUGUUUUGUCGCGAACUUCUCGUCGCACCUUCAUCACUGCAAUUAUGGACAGUUAAAAAUCCCCGUGUAAAUAACCGAAAUCGUAUCUUUACGCGUAAAUUCUCAGUGUUCCGCAGAUCGUUGUACUUUAAAAUCGCUCCACAAAAUUUAGGCUGGUUUCGAUCUACGAUUGCCGCUCUUUCGGCUUUCUUCAUCGGUCAUCAUCGCCAAGAUAGAUAAAGCAUCUAGGACUCAGCCCGGACCAAGAUGACUACGUCGACCCCUUAUUUGUAUGCUAUUCAAACAGUUCCCGGUAACACCCCUGGUGAGAAGUUCAGAUGGAUAACGGACUUCAUAAAGCAACAGCUAGCCGUGUCCAACGAUCUGGAAGAUGUAAUCGAAUCUGAGAAGAUCCCCAAACCUCUUAUACCUCUGGUACAAAUUCACGCAGCCAUAAUGUUAAACAAGAAAGAUCCCAAGAAUCAGAGCACUUACGAGGCUAUAGCAGAAGCUCUAAAAUCUAAAGACGAAUUGGUCGUGAAAAAAGCUUUGAAAGCCAACAACUUCUUCAAUGGCAUCAACGAGACUAUCACUAGUAUUAAAUAUUUUUUCCAAAAUUUAUUUCCGUACGUUUCUUUGAACACUAGAACGCGGAUCAUCAAAACUUUGGCCUUGCGCUUAGCACCCACGAAAUCUAUCCUCGCUGAAAAAUUCUUCUUAUCAAUAGAAUCGUAUUACGGUCUAGAGCAAGCCUCACCUUUGCUAUUAGCAUGCAGUGAAUCUUUUGUAUAUAACACUAUCAUAGAGAAGAGGAUGGUACUAAGUCGAAGAAUGAUUAAACUGUUCUUCCGCAAGAAUCCAGACUUCGUCGUGCGCUAUCUUCAACUGAGCAAGCCGACAACCAGCCCCUGUGCGAGAAAACUUCCUGCGGUGAAUAUCCAUGAUUUUACUGACUUUCUGGCGGCAUUGGUCAAGACACGACUAGACUCGUUUGUAGAACUAUACGAGAUGCACGAGAAAAAUCCACCAAUAAUAUUUCUGAGCAACAAGAGCGUCGAAGCGUUCUUGAAAAACGGCAAAGAAUACCUGGAGCGAAAAACCAAGUUGUACAUUGAGAUGCUUCCUCUGGAGAAGAUCAGCCACGAGUACAUGGAGGUUCUAUUUCCAAAACUAUUCCCGGUUAAUAUCACAGAUUUCAACACUGAUAAGAUGUUGGAGUAUUUGAAAUACUAUCGAAAUGGUGGAAACAUGAAUCUUUUCUUCAGAUCCUAUAAACAAGCAUAUAAUAUAGAUAUUUUGACAAAUCCGAAUAAUGUAACUAUUAAAUUAUUGGAAAUAUUGCAUCCCGAGGAACGAAUCAGACAGGCGAAGAUCAAAUUGAAGUUUGAAACUGCAGUAUACAAGAAUAGCGAAGAUAUAGUUACCUGGGAGUGUUUUUUAGGUACUGAAGAAGCGUUACUACUGUUCAAGGAAGAAAUUUGUAAAACCUCAGCAAUGGAACAUAGAACGCGUCUAGCUUGUAAAAUGAUCCAUUCUUGCAAGAUAAACAACGAUGAUGUGGCACUGUCAAAUGUCUUGAUCUAUUUCGAUAACAAGCACUGUAAUGAGCAAUCUUGGUUCCUACACGGGGUGUUCAAGACUUUGUUGAAACUCUAUGAUCUUCCUCAAAUAAGUGAUGAUUGUUGGGCGAUAUUAAUGAAGAUGAUAGUACGUGCUCAUGUGAAAAAGAACUUGUUGGCCUUGAAUAGCGUCGGCAUGAAUAUGAUAGAAGCUGCCAUUCACCAUAAAAUAAAUCAGAAUCAACCGUUUCAUGAGUUAAUUGAUAUACUGAUAGACUUAAAGACUACGAAAUACAGAGGCCAUUGGAAUAUUCUUCAGAAGUAUCACAACUACGAGAGAAUGUGUCUGGAGAAUUGCCUAAACAUCGUUUCACAAAAAUAUAAUUCAGACCAGGCUCCCUGGAAGGAAGACAGAGUUGGAAUCCUCUUCGAUCUCUGUUCUUCGAUUUAUUAUUUUAACCAGGUCCACGUGAACAAAACUGGUCCUAUAGAACCCAUGACGAUCAAAGACUAUCCGUGGUUGCUGCAAGCGAUAGAGGAAAUUUUAUCUACGACCAAACAGAGUGACAUUUAUGAAGUUGCAAAUUUUCAGAAUAUGUUCAUGAAAUAUGAAAUGGAUCUAUACGAGCGUUUUUGGCCAACAACCAAAAUUAUAGUUGAAAUAGAAAUAAGUGAGGUUUUAAAACUUCUAAAGAGAAACCCGCAAGACAUUCUGGAUCAUUGGAAGGAGUAUCUAAACAUUUGCAAGGAUAAUUGGAAGAAAGGGCACACGAAACUCUUCAUCAAGACUAUACGUUGGUACAAGGAGAUUCCAAUUAAAUUCGCUGAACAGUGUCUUCAAGAUUUGACUGAAAAAAAGGAAGAGAUCUGUUUAGAUAUCUUAAGCACUCUCGUUUACGGAGAAACGUUCUCAAAGAUCAUAGAACCGUUGAUCCCAACGAACAACACGCUAGAUAUUUAUCAAACACAUGCGAAAACUAAUUACAAUUUGAUUCAACACCUUAUACGUGGCAUCAAGCUCGCAAAUCCACCGGUGCCUCUGACAGUGUUGAACACAUUGUGUCAGCGGGACUACUUACCAGUGGCCCUAACUGCUUUGACAAACGUUUGUAGAAGAACGAAUACAACGGAUGUGGUAUGUUUUGCUAGAAUGUUAUCCACUCAGAGAGCAGCCGUUCGGAAACACGGGAUAAGAUUGAUGCGUAUCGUGGCGUCCCGUGAUCAAUUACUCAAGUUCUUCCAAGAGCAAUGGGGCAUCGAAAAGAAUCAGUCUAUCCGUGAAAUCAUGUUGUCCAUAAUCGUAAAAUUGUUCCAAAAAGAACCAGAACUUUGCACGCGGCUAUUGUUCUUUCAUAUGAUCUCCACGUUCACACUGCAAGAUGAAAAAGCCUGCCACUUGGUACUUUCAACGAUGAAUUCGGUUCCCGACGAAUACGUUCCCGAUUUUACUAUACAAACCUUAAACAUGAUCGACACGCUUGAGAAGCUUGGUCUCCAUAAGGAUAAGGUUGCGCAGUAUACGAGUAUCAUGUUGAACCACAUAGAUAUAGGUAUUUGCAACCUUCUACCCGAAAAUUUCAUCGAAGACCUCGUUAAAAGAUAUCUCUUCCAUCAAAAUCAGGCUAUCUCCAGAAGUAUAAACAAGUUUGUGGUUACAGUUCUGUUGCUCCCAGCGGGAGACAAAUUCAACGAUCGAUUGAAGAUCUUCUCCAAUUUGUUUAGACACGCCAUCGAGAGUGGUUGGAGCAUCUCUGAUUCCGAAAAUCCCCGUCUUUAUCCAACAAACAAUGCUCUUCGUAGAUUCGUAGAUGUCGUCACGUACUCGGCCUCGUGUUCGGAAAAUAAGGUACGGUUGGUCGAUGAAAUAUUGUCGGUGUUCAUGACCACUCUUCACCCUCUGCUGGACCCCACAUCGUACUUGAUAUUAGUAUUUAUGAAGGCGCAACUUAGUUCGAAGACACCAAUAGAAUUCGGAUUAAAUGUGAGCCAAAAAUUGUGUGGUUUGAUCAAGAUAUUCUCGCCGUAUUUUAUAUUUUUCAUGACUGAUAUUUUACGGAAUAUGCCGCUAUCGGAUUCGUUCAAGGAUUACAAUAGAACCCAGAUUGAUUUAGGGCUAAUCGAGGGAUUGUUGGAGAUCACCACCACCACAUCUGCGCUAAUGGCAGCGCAACUGAUGUACUACAUGAGUCCAAAUGAGGAGCUGGAGAAACAUGACCAGAUGUUAAUAAAGUUAAUGAAAUGUAAACUUCCGGCGAUCAAGGCUAUGGCCUGUGAGAUUAUUAAUAAAAUGAGUUUGACAGUUUAGUUAGUUUUAAGAUGGAUUUAUCGAAAUAGGUCUAAGAAGGAUGGUUAAUAGUUCGGUAUCGAUCGUUGGUUUUCAGUUACUAAUCGCGUCUGCAAUUGUUGUUAGUGCUGCAAUUGUUUAUUCGAUGGAGUAGAACGAAAGACACACGGUGGAUGAACGAUUGUGAUUUUUGCUAUAAAUGGUUAUUGGGUAGUUGAUCGAACGAUGGAUUUUUAUGCUUGUCGAUACGAGUUAGAGAACGAUGCCGGGCAAUUUCAGAGAUUCGAUAGAUCGUUAGACUGCGAAGGCUCUUGUGGAGCGCGCGAGAUUUAUUUAUUUGUCAGAUGUAUUUUUUAUAUUGUACAUAUAGAAAUUUUAAACACGCGAAGACGCCCGGAGAUAUUAUUUAAGAAUUAUAGGAAUAGUAUUAUAGUAGUAUAGUAUUAUAGGAAUUUUAUCGUGUUAUAUAGCCUGGAAUUUACAGAUUUACAAGUUGUUAUAAAUAAAAAGAAUUCAAGACUCUAUAAUAAAUUUCUGUAAUUAACGUAAUAACAAAUUUAGGAACGGAAUUUCGUUCAGUUAAUAUGAUAACGAUUUAAGGUUUUCAUUUGUCAUUUCCAUUUUCCACCAUUUCCACGUAGACCGUAAACAAUUCUUCCAAAAAAGCGAUAUUACUCGCUGUGAGGCGACCGAUGACGUUACAGCGAAUACGUUAAGGUAUUGAAUAAUGAGACAGAUACAAUUCAUAUUAAGCUUUAUGUUAUAAUAAUAUCGUUGUUCGAAAUUGAAAACACUUGCGUCAUAAUAUCAAAGAAAGCUUUUACUCGAUUAUUAAAAUCAUACGUGUCGUCGGAUCAGAAACUUUCUCGGAAACUGAAGCCGAGCAACGAUAACAUACAUAGAGUUGUUCGGUAUGUUGUACCUGACAAUAUAUCUCAAAGGCGUUGGAAUCGGUGAGGUCGUCCGCUUUGUAAAUAAUUACAAUAUUUUAUCAGCUGUUCAACCUCGCAUGCGAAUAAACUAGCCGCAAGCUGCUACAAAUAUUAUACUUUAUAUAGUGAUGGUUUAGUAUUUAUAUAAGAAAGAACUCUGCAAAGCAGCAAAUCUACGUCGUAGCACUUGGUCGUGUGAAAAGUUUAGACGACCUAGCCGUAUCUGAUUUUACAUCGAACAAAAUUCUCGAUAAACCGCAAUUCUCAAUCAACCGACAAAGCAGCGCUUAUAGAAAUGCAGAUUACGAGGACUUUGAACGAUAAACUGCCAACGAGGGAACAUACCCUAUACACCGAGAAAGGAAUUAUCGGAAUAAUAUCGGUCCAACAGUUGCAGAAUAAUCACCGAACACCCGUAAACGAAAUUGCUGGACGACAAAUUCCUUGCGAUAACAAUAGAACAAAUGGAAGAAAUUUUGCAACUGGGACCAAUCGGUGUAUUACUCCUACAAGAUGCGAAAGAUUUCAUUCCGAUAAGACAAUCCACUCGAGAGUAAGAGAAAAUGGGAGAAAUACGAACGCUUGGAAUACAAUUUAAAUGGAAACCAAACUGCAGGAAGUAAUCACGUGUUAUUGUUUAGACAUUUCCCUUUAGAUUUUUUAUUUGAAAAAUAAAUAAAUAAAAUAACGAAUUAUGUAAAUUAUCAUGGAAAUAUAAAACUUUUAUAUAACUUUAA